AUGUUUUAUCGACUUGCCAACCGAACUCUUUCUUUCCGCCGGGGAUCAGCAUCAGGAACACCACCAAAAAGUACUAGCAGUUUCAAGCCUCGACCCUUUGCAGACCUACCAGGAUCACCUAGUUCCAGCACCUUUACUCAAAGGGUUACUCUCGCUGCUGUUCAAGGAUUCGAUCGUGCUUUUCCCUUAUUGGAGGGCUAUUUAUGUCUCUUAUAUAUCACUGGUGCCUUUCAAUCAAGUCGUUCAGCAGACGAUGAUGAUGAGAAGCAACCCAUCACCAAGUAUGAUCAAAGUACUACUAGUAGUAUGCCUGUUACUACUGGUGGUUUUCGUAUUGGACAUUUCAAAAUUACGAUUCUACAACGUCUAUCUUUUCAUUCAAAUGGUGGUGGUGGAUUGGGCUUAAGUAUGCAUGAAUCACCCAAAAAUGGCAAUCAAAGCACAUUCUUUGUUCCAAGUUUCUACUCUUUACUUUGCGAAAAACAAGGUUCAUCUUCUUCCUCCUCCCUUUUCCAGCGCCAUUACUAUGAACAAUUUCACUCGCCUUAG